CUCCGGGCCGACGCACGAUUCAGCAGGACGAGUCUCUGAAACUACUGAGUUUAUACCCACAGAUCAGCUGCUGCAGCCGGGGAGAAAAGAACAGAAAACAUCCUGAAAAUGGGCAACUGUCAACCCACAAUCGUGCACUAUGAGGAUUUUGACGUCGUAGCCGACAUCAAGGCCAUCCGCAAAGCCUGCAAAGGGUUCGGAACUGAUGAGCAGGCCAUCAUUGACAUCCUGGCAAACCGCAGUGCAGCUCAGCGUCAGGAAAUUAAAUACGCCUAUUUUGAAAAGUAUGAUGAUGAGUUGGUGGAUGUGUUGAAGAAAGAGCUGUCGGGGAGCUUCGAGAACGCCAUCCUCGCCAUGCUGGACCCGCCCAUCGUCUUCGCCGUGAAGGAGCUGAGGAAGGCCAUGAAGGGAGCGGGCACCGAUGAAGACGUCCUGGUGGAGAUCCUCUGCACCGCCACCAACGCUGACAUUGCCAUGUUCAAAGAAUGCUACUUUCAAGUGCAUGAGCGUGAUCUUGAGGCCGACAUCGAGGGAGACACCAGCGGGGAUGUAAGAAACCUGCUCAUGGCUCUAAUGGAGGGCAACAGAGAUGAGAGUUACGAGGUGGAUGAGGAGCUGGCUGAGCAGGAUGCUACCUGCCUGUUUGAGGCUGGUGAGGGUUCUUUUGGAACGGACGAGUCCACUUUCAAUUUCGUCCUGGCCUCCAGAAAUUACCUUCAGCUCCAGGCCACCUUCAAGAUAUAUGAGCAGCUCUCUGGAACUGAAAUACUGGACGCCAUUGAGAAUGAGACUUCUGGAACACUGAAGAAAUGCUACAUUGCUCUCGUGAGAGUUGCUAAGAACCCUCAGCUCUACUUUGCCAGACGGCUGAACGACGCCAUGAAAGGAGCGGGCACUGACGAGGACACCCUCAUUCGCAUCAUUGUGUGUCGCUCUGAGUACGAUUUGGAGACCAUCAAAGACUUGUACCUGGAGAAAUACGAUGUGUCUCUGAAGGAGGCCCUGAAGGACGAGUGCGGUGGGGACUUCAAACGCCUCCUCCUGGCUAUCUGCCACUGAAAGUCUGAGAGUUAACCAGGAAGGUUUUGGACCUGGACAACAGAGGCAGAGACAGCAGAGUAUGUUUCUACUGAGGGCGCUGCUGUUUUCUGUCUAACAAACUAAUUACUGUGUGAUUAUGCAGGGAGCAGGAGGGUGGAAGUGAAAGAAUUAUUAUUAACCUGGCUCAUGUUUUGUCUAAAAUUAUUACUGUCUAAAGUUACUGUGAAUGUGGAUGGCUCUCUUUUUAAACUUUUUCCACAGAAUUUAAUAACGAAAAAUUCGCAUUGAAUUGGAUAACUGCCCAUUUCUUAGUAAAUUUUAGGUUCUAGUUCUUUACACAUUUACCAGCAUUUACACAGUGAUGUGAAAGUUUUAGUCACUGUAAACAAGCACCAAGACUUAAACAUUUCCAGGAGCCAACUGUUGUCAGACCGAUGCCAUUACGCUGCAUGUGAUUUGAUCAGGUGGUGCGAGGCUUGAUAGGAUAAUCACAUUGUAAACACGUUAGCAAACUGCAAAAAAGUCUGCUAUGCUUCAGUAUAUCUUUCUUCUGCUGCAUUUACUAAAGUAUUUACACAUGAGUGUUACAUUAUUACCAUCAUAUAUAAGUAUUAAUCUGUUUUAGAUAAAUUAAUUCUUUAUUUGUGUUUAAUGUUUUUUUCUAUAUCUUAAUCUUUCACCCUCCACGCCCCAAACUCAGUGACUGUUAUGUUUCACAGCUCUUACGACUAAUGCAAUCAGUCCGUGUGGCUUGAAAUUUGUGCUUUUAAAUGAAGGAAUGUGAACGUUUGAAAUGAAGGACGUUGAUGUCAUAGAUAUGCAAUGUUAUGUGAGUGGAUUUUAUGAAUGUUCUUUGCAAAAAAAAAGAGAACAAGAAAAACUUGACAAAUCCAAAUACACCUCACCUUGUUAUAAAUAGAUUUUUUUGUAUUUUACGACUAACACAGUAGAGUGUUUAAUAUAUAUUGUUUAGUGUAUUGUUUAGGCCAGAGGGUAUAUGAGAGGAAAUCUGUAAGAACCAUUUAACAUCCGGACAGUAUGCUGUCAUUUGUGUGUCUCUUUAAGGCAGCUGAGAUUUUUGUUUUAUUAAAAGUACCACUUUUAUGAGCAACAAGCAUGUAAUGCUGUACAUGAAACAGUUGCAACAUGGGCAUCAUCUGGAGACGUUGCACUAGUGUUUGUCUCUAUAGCCAAAGAAUUUUAGUCUAAUUGCAAAUAAAGAUUCCUGUAACAUCA